UGACGAGGCCCGUGAGUGGCUCCCUCUCGGGGAAGGUAGUUUUGCCGUGCCACUUCUCCACCAUACCCACUACCAUGCCUGCCACCAACGCCAAUGGCACCACCCCCAGCACCGACUACCUGCGCAUCAAAUGGACCAAAAUGGAUGGAGAAAAGGAAUCCACAGUGCUGGUGGCCCAAAAUGGCAAGAUUAAAAUAGGCUCCACCUACAGGAACCGUGUGUCGGUGCCCAGCCACCCAGAGGAUGUGGGGGAUUCUUCUCUGACCAUGGUGAAGCUCCGAGCCAGCGAUGCCGGCACCUACCGCUGUGAGGUCAUGUACGGCAUCGAGGACACGCAGGACACGGUCAACCUCAAUGUCAACGGUGUUGUGUUUCACUACCGGGCAAGCACCAGCAGGUACACCAUGAACUAUGAGAGUGCUGUCCAGGCCUGCCAAACCGUAGGAGCCUCCAUUGCCACGCCUGACCAGCUGAAAUCAGCGUAUGAGGACGGAUUUGACCACUGUGAUGCAGGUUGGAUCGCAGAUCUGUCAGUUAGAUACCCAAUCACUAGACCGAGACCUGGCUGCUAUGGAAACCUGCAGAGGAAGCCUGGGGUGAGGACAUAUGGACCCCGAAAGGCCACAGAGACCUAUGAUGUGUACUGUUAUGUGGACAAGCUGAAUGGUGAGGUGUACUACGCACCUGUGACCCAUAAGAUGACGUUUGAGGAGGCGAAGGAGGAGUGUGAGAACAGGAACGCUGUCCUGGCGUCGCCGGGUCAGCUCCACUCCGCCUGGAGACAGGGUCUGGACAGGUGUGACUACGGCUGGCUGGCCGACGGCAGCGCUCGCCACCCCGUCGCGGUACCCAGAAUGCAGUGUGGCGGCGGUCUGCUGGGCGUCAGGACCAUGUAUCGCUACAGGAACCAGACUGGCUUCCCAGAACCCAUCACCCAGCUGGGAGCAUACUGCUUCAAAGCUAAGAAGAAGCUGAUAAAUCAGAUGACCUGGGUGGAAGUGUCUGUGGAGGGUGCUACCACGCCCCCCCCAAUGCUGGCCACAUCCGCCAUUGGUCCCACCACAGCUCUCUCUCCCCUGGACAGAGGCAGCACUACUCAGACCCCAGGUUUUGAACUUGUUUCAGAGACCGGAGAAUCAGCCGAAACAGCGGCCCCUUCAUCUAUGUUCUCAACCAGCAUGGUAUCGCCUCGCCCCACCCCGGUAACACAUGAAGGCGAUCUUGAGGAGGUGACCUCGCCACACACCACUGCCGCUGCAAAACAAGAAGGCGACAUUUUCACGACAACAUCCUUCCCCGAUUACAAUGUUGAUGACUUUGAGGAAAGCCCAAGCCAUGUGGAGUCGGUCCCUCCCCGUGGAGACACGUUCCAAGCUCCACCCACAACAGGAAGUCCACAUCCUAGUGAUUCUACCUUCCCUGCUCCCCCUCAGGCCACUGCAGUCAUCCAGGUAGAAGAUGCCACACCUGAAGUGUCCGUAGAUACCACCGUGGCCCAGCCAUCGAGCACAGGGUCUGGGGGGAGAUUGGCUGAGCCCACAGAAGAACCAGAUAAUCACUAUGUGAUAGAAGUGGGCACAGUUCAGCCUGACAUUCUUCUAGAGGCCUCUCCAAGCACAGAACCCAUGUUUGCUCACGGAAACACAGAGGAAACCACCCUGGAAGGGAUCACUGCAGAGAUGACCUCUGACCUGAUAGAUGCCCAAUCAGUUUCAACAACCGAACCAACUGAACCAAUCACCACUGAGAAAACUAAAGAUGCACCUGUUAGUACUGAGGACACUACAUAUGAGUCCAGUCUACAUGUAACUGAACAGCCCUCCACUCUUGAAACCGCAGACGAUUCCACAAUGGUGAUGGCCUCCGCCACUCCAGAUGCGUCUGUACGUGGAACUGCCACUGCCCCGCCCACAACAGCAGAGGUCCUUGAGGGAUCCCCUAAUGCAGUCAUCACUGAAACUACCCCACCCACAAUAUCCACUGUCACUCCCAGUCUGGUUGUGACCUUAUUCACUGAAGAUGUGGAGGGCAGUGGAAUGGGUCCUGAAACCAUCGCUGACCUGGGCUCCACUGCUGCGGUCACCUUGCCACCUACACCAAGGGCAUCAUCUACAGUGGCAGUAAACACUGAGGACAGAAGCACACUUAGCCCCCACACUGAUUCAUACAGUCCCGCUGGCACGACAGUGUACCCAGAAAGAGAGCCAAACUCUGAGGAGGGCCUUCAUUCAACGACCCCCUCCCCAGGCUAUGUUGAUGAGAUUGGAACUGCAGGAUUUGUAGAGGGUACCACACCCGUUACGCCAACCCAAGCGGUGCAUGACGAUCCCUCAACAAGCACCUCUACCACCACUGUCAUGGAUGAAACAACCAUGAUUACCACCAUCGUGUGUGAUACAGAGCCCAACACCAGCAUGGAGACCACUACCCCAACACAAUCAGGAGCUACAAGAUCAGCAAUACCAACAAAGUCAUCAUCAAAGCCUUUAGAUGGCUCAGCAACUGAUGCCCCGACCACACCCUCAUCCCAAUACUCAAUCAUACAAGUUAUCACUCACAAGGCUGAGACAGAAGGCGCUUCUAAAGCUGAGCCCACACAGAAACCUCUUCCUCGUGAUUUAGAGACACCAGCCAUUCUGUACAAGGAGGAUGCGAGUCAAACACAGGAUCCACCAAGUGUUUCCACAACCACCACUUCACAUGCAACCGUGACCUCUAAGGAACCUUCCUCAGUGAACCCAACAGCAGCCGCCAUUCUCAUCGGCAGUGAGACGUCAGCUGAGGAUGUGAGCUCAGGUGAUCAGGUCAUUGAAGAGUCCACCACUCACUUUCCUGAGUCCCUCAGUGAAACCUUGACUGAAGGCCAGGACACCACCACAGACAUCGAUACAGAGUUCUUCUCAUUUGCUCCCUUGACCUCCACCAGCGCUCCAGCCACUGUGGGCCCAGAUGGACUCCCCAUCCAAGUCAUCAACAUCAAUGCCGACGAGCAGAAGCAAAACGAGUCAGUGGAUAUGACUCUGCCGACCUUAGACACUCUGAGUCAGUUCCCUGUGUUCCCAGAGGUGCCUGACCAGGGUCAGUUCCCUGUCAUCCCUGUCGUUCCUGACCGGGCCACCCCUUCCCUGGUGGACGGUGAACCUAUCCCGGGCAGUGGAGAACCUGACUUCUUCUCCUCUGCUGCCGUCACCAUGACUCCAACGCUGAUCUUCAUCAAUGGCAAACACGAGGUGACCCUGGAGCAAGAGAGAAGACAGGUAGAGGAGGAAGCAGGGAGAGGAAGAGGUGACCAGUUUGAGGAGAAUGUGACCGCGCUGGGGGGCAGUGAGGAGGAGGUGACCCCCACUGUGUUUGAUUACCCUCUGAUAGAGAUACCUGAUACUAUACCAGAUAAGCCUGAUAAGCCUGACCCAUUCUCACGUACCCCACUGCCUUUGUCGAUGUCCACUCUGGAUCACUUUUCUUAUGACUAUGGGCCUGAGGUGGUUCAUGUGGAGUCAACUCCUACCACAACCCCAGAGCAGGUUGAGGGAACCACACAAGGCCGUGUUGUGCAAACAGAUGUGACUGCAACCUCUGCACCGGUCACAACAAUGGUGGGAACCACUCCAUCCAAAACGGAGCAAAGAGCUGAGGGUCUAUCAUCUGUUUCAGAGACCACAGAGGGACCACGUGACGUCAUAACUACACCCACUGAAGCAGUGUCCACUGUUUCAUCAUCUGGCACAGCAGUGAGCAAAACUUCAGAACAAAGCCAAACAGCUUAUGCACCCAAGACUCCUGAGGGAAGCCAACAAAUCAGCGCCUCUGUGUAUGGCAAAGAGGUGGAGGGGUCAGGGACACAACCGCCAGAUGAUGACAGGGAUGCUGAGGUGAAUCAGCCAGAAGGGGAAGAGCCCUCGGUUUCUCCCACAGAAGAAAUACACGUGGUCGCUGAUGACAUUGACACUGCAGACGUAACAAAGAGCACCUCUGCUCUUCCAGAUUUUGACAUCUCCAUUCAAACCCCUCUACUGUCGGUCUCUACGCCCUCUUCUGGAGAUGUUGAAGAUGUAUCAGUGCCAGUGACCAUAAGUGACAUUGAGGGCACCACCUCAGGCGAGGAGAAAGGAUCCACACAGGCCCCACACACUCCUCGGGAACCAGUUAGCAUCGCUCUGCCUCCCUCAAUGACAAGUGGCCAGACACAUUUAGUGGAAACAAUCAAGACUGAGGUGAUGCCAUCCAAAGAGGCAGGCAGCACGGAAUCACCUUCAAUGAUCUCUACCACAGCUGAAUCUUUGACAAGCCAGCAAGAGGGAACAACGCUUAGCCUGCCUUCAGUGUCUCCCACGGUGAAAUACACUACUGCAACACAUGUCAUUUCUGUACCAGGGGAGGAGAGCUCAGGAGACCAAACGCUUGAAAUGUUCACGAUCAGCUCUCCAUUAUUCAGCACAGAACAGAUUUUGUUAGGAUCCACAAAAACAUCACCAAGAACAAAUUCAGCAGACACUACACAACAAGCGACAAUGGAAAGAGAGGUAACAGCAUUCACCAAAGGCACAACAAACACAGAAAAACCAUCAGUUGUUACUGUCGUUGAUGAGACUGAGACAAGCUCAGCCUCCACUUCCACAGAUAAAGACAGUUCUAAGAGUCCGGUGACAUCUCCAAUGCCAACCAAAGAAUCCCCUGCAACAACUGUCUCUCCAGUAUAUAGUCCUAUUCAGAUGGUUAAGACAACCAUGGCAUCUCUCUUCAACUUAGUCAGCCGAUACACCACACAGGACACAAUUGGGACAGGUGAGGUACCUAAACUAGAAGACACCAUAAGCAAAGAUAAACCUUCACUUACCCCAAAUCUGAUGGAGGAGGAAAGUGCAGGUGAUCCUGAUAUGUCUCCUAGCAUAGCUACUGAAACACACCUCUCUCCUCUUCAUACUAUAGUCAAAACAGAAGAGGAUGUGCCCACGACCUCAACGGCAACCAGGGAGGCUACAGAGCAAACAGAGAAACCCUCAGCUACUCCUGUGACUGAUGACACCGAGACUAGCACGACCGUCACGUCGACAGAUGAAGAGAGUUCUGGAAAAAAGACAACUCAUAUGUCCGCUCAGGAGUCUCCUGCGACAACAGCAUUUCCUAUGUUCAGCACGGGCAGAAAGGAGGAUGAUAGAUCAACAGUAUCAUCGAGCAUUGAACCCAGUGAAGUGUUUGAUGUAUCAUCAACAGUCUCACCUUCUGUUACUAUCAGCACAGGUUUUUCUAGUGGCGCUGCAAUGGAUACCGCGGUAACAGAUGUAAGCUCGACCCUAUCCUCUACGGACGAAGUGGCCUCAGGUGACCAGGCAAGUGAGGUUUUCACCGAAGACACUGCAACUGACACAGUGUCUUCUUUGUAUAGCCCUGAUAAACCAGCAGUUACUAUAACGGUGUCACAUAAACCUGCAGAGAGUGCAGUCACAGAGCAGGCUGAGAAACUGUCAGGCUCAGAAAAACCGUCAUCUUUUCCUGUUACAGAGAAAAGCUCAGUCCUUGAUUCCACAGACGAAGAGAGCUCAGGUGAUCAGACUCCUGAUAUGUUCCCCACCGAGUCUACAGCCACAAGUGGCCCUACAUUGUUCAGCUCAAUCAAAAAGGAGAUUGAGAUGACUACCACUAAGCAACCUGUAGAUAUAACAGUCGGAAAUGCUUCAAAUGAAGACACAUCAGUCACAGAAAAGCCCUCCACUGUCCACAUAAUUGAUGAAACAGAGACAAGCUCUGUCCUCUCUUCUACAGACGAAGAGAGCUCGGGUGACCAGGUGCCUGAUAUGUCUACCAAACACACUCCAACCACCACAGUCUCCUAUCUGUUUAGCACUGAGAAACCAAAAGUUGUCAUAUCUACAACGUCACAUGAAACAGAGGAGAGUAAAGCCACAGAAACUUCUGCUACUGAUACAGAGACCAGCUCAAUCCUCUCUGCAACAGAUGAAAAGAGCUCACUUGACCAGCCCUCUGAUACGUUUACCAAAGAGCCUGUCAUUACAACUGUUUCUUCUGUUUAUAGCACAGUCAACGCCGAGCAAAUGACAACCACCGCAAUGCCAGAUUUAAUGAUCCCAAAAGGAGAAAGUGAAGUUACAGAUCAGACUGAGAAACCAUCAGACUCAGGAACACCAUCAGUUACACCUAUCAAUGAUGAUGCAGUGAUGAGCACAGUAAUCUCCUCUACAGAUGAAGAGAGCUCAGGUGACCAGACAAGUGAUACCACAGACUCUGUAACUACAACAACCACAGCAUAUUCUCUGUUUAGUACUGAGAAGCCAAAACAUGCAGUGACUACAGCAUCACAUGAAACUGCAACAGCUGACACUAAGACCACUACUACUACAAUUAUUUCUGUAUAUAGCACAAAGAAAACAACAAUGUCACAAGACACUGCAACAGUGGAGACUGUCGCAGCAGUCACAGAGAGGCACACAAACGCAGAAAAACCUUCAGGUACCCCUGUUACUGGUCACACAGAGACAAGCUCAGUCAUCUCCUCUACUGGUGAGGAGAGUGCUGAUGUUCAGACAAUUGCAUCAGUACUUACCAUUACAGAUGGGGAGAGCUCAGGCGAUCAGACCCCUGAUAUUUUUACCAAAGACACUGCAACUACCACAGUGUCCUCUCUAUUCAGUACGGAGAAACUAGGGUUUGUAGGGAUUACAGCGUCAUAUAAAACUGCAACAGAAUCAUCCCAAGAAUCAUCUAUGAGUCCCGUAGUUACCCUCAUGGAUCAGACUUGGGAACCGAUGGGGACAUCGGCUACAGUGAUCGACACCUCACAGGAAGUAUUACCUGAGAUAACAGAAUCUAAACCAACCAAAGAAACAGGAAGGACAUCAGGUGUUCCCAUUAUUGAUGGCACAGAGUCAAGCUCAAUCCUUGAUAUGUUUACCAAAGCCACUGCAACCACCAACGUAUUCUCUCUGUUCGGUACAGAGACACUAGGGCAUGUAGGGAUGACAUUGUCACAUGAAACUGCAACAGGUGAGACAUCAAAGGUGGCAAUAUCUGCAGCAUAUUCUUUGUAUAGCACUGAGAAACCUACAACAGUUUCACGAGAAACUGCAACAGCAGAGAGUGGAAAGACCACUACAACUGAAGCAACAUCUCUCUACAGCACAGAGAAAACUGCAGAAAGUACAGCCACAGAUAAACCUUCAGUUACUUCUGUUUCUGAUGGCACAGAAACAACUUCCUCUUUAACCACUACAGAUGAAGAGAGUUCAGGUGACAAAGCAAGUGAGAUUUUUACAAAGACUUCUUCCGUGACACCUGCGUCUUUUUUGUACAGAACAGAAGCAACGAGUUUAGUUUCCAUUACUGUCACAUCAUCCACGUUGCCAGAUAUUAUUGAAGUGGUGGACUAUGACACUAGCGAAGAGCUUUCACUUCUUGAAUCUAUACCUUCCGCUGUUCAAACAACCACAAAAGCUGAGGGAGAUCCUACAACAGUCAGCACCACCCCUGUUACAAGUUCAGUCCUCACCUCCACAGAAGAAGAGAGCUCAGGUGAUCAGACACCUGGUAUGCUUACCAAAGACACCACAACUACCAGAGUGUAUUCUCUGUUCGGCGCUGAGAAACCAGUACAUGUAACGACUUCAGUAUCAAAGGAAACUGCAACAGCUGAGAUUUCAAAUAUUACAAUCUCUGUAACUUCUUCUCUGUAUAACACCGAGAAACCUUCACCAAUAUCAGAAAAAACUGCAACAGCAGAGAGUGGAAAGAUCACUACAACCACAGCAACUUCUCAGUACAGCACAGAAAGAAUUGCAGAAAGUACAGUCACAGGAAAACUUCCAGGUUAUCCUGUUUCUGAUGGCACCGAAACAACUUCCUCUUCAUCCACUACAGAGAACUCAGGUGACCAGACUCCUAAUAUAUUCCCCACAAAAAGUGCUUCAAGCACAAUCAAAACAGAGCUGGAAACAACCACAACACAGCCUGAUACAGAGACAACAGUGAUAGUGAAAACAGGACGAGUAACUCCAGUUAUUGAUGAUGCAGAGGCGAGUUCAGCCGUCAGGUCUAUAGAUAAAGAGACAUCUGAGAUGUCCACCAAAGAGACUCCAGUGACAACAGCGUAUCCAAUGUACACUACUGUUCAGCUGAUCAAGACAACCAUGCCCUCUCUAUCAGACUCAGUCAGCAGAUACACAACACAGGGAGCUAUUGUGAUAAGUGGUGUGACUGAGCAGAAAGUAGAAACCUCAAGCAAAGAUACACUCUCAGUUACUCCUGGUAUGGCAGUCACUACUAUUGCAUCUCCAGUAAUAACUUCUACAGAUGAAGAGACCUCAGGUAAACAGACCCAUGACAUGUUCACCGGUGUGACUUCUGCAACAAAAGCCUCUCUUCUGUUCAGCACAGUCAAAAUGAAGGAUGAAACGUCUUCUAAGUCAACAUCUAUUCCUAUUAGGGAUGAUGCAGAGACAAGAUUCACAUCAGUAGAAGAAGAGAGUCCAGUCAGUCAGACAACUGAGGUGUUCACCGGUUUGGCUCCUGUAACAACUGCAUCUCCUAAGUUCAGCCCAGUCACAAUGAGGGAUGAGGUGUCCACUAAAUCAACAACCGUUGGACCCGGUGGACAUGCUAAUGGGGCAUCAACAGUGUCACCUUUUGGGUCCCCGGCCGAAGCAGGUACUGCCGCAGCUUCUUUGGAUGUUACCACAAAGACAACAACUGUCCACCCAUCAGUCACUGCAAGUGUCGAAAAAACAACAGGUUUAAUUUAUACCCUCACAGAGGAGGGCUCAGCGGACACAACUGAAAUCUUUACCCAAGAAUCACCAAUGACUCCCGUGGUUACCCUGAUAGGUCAGACAUGGGAAUCAAUGGGGACAUCAGCUACAGUGAUCGGCACCUCACAGGAAGCAUUAACUGAGAUAACAGAAUCUGAACCGACUAGACAAACAGGGAAGACAUCAGGUGUUUCCAACAUUGGCGAUGCAGAGACAAGCUCAAUCCUUGAUACUUUUACCAAAGAAAUUGCAACUACGACAGUCUCCUCUCUAUUCAGUACAGAGAAACCGAGCCAAACAGUGUCUACGUCGUCACAUGAAUCUGCAACAGCUGAGACUUCAAAGACGGCUCUUGCUGCAGCUUCAUCUCUAUAUAGCACAGAGAAACCAGGACAAGUAACAGAAAACAAUGUUGUUACCCAUAUUACUGGUGACACAGAAUCAAGUUCAGUCCUCAUCUCUACAGAUGAAGAAAGCUCAGAUGACCAGACAACUGAAAUAUUUACCAAUACAUCUUCCUUAGCACCUACAUCUUCUUUGUACAGCACAGAAGCAACACAUUUUGCUUCCAUUACUGUCACAUCAUCCACUUCACCAGAAAUUUAUGAAGAUGUGGACUAUGACAUACGAGUAGAGCCUCCACUCGUUGAAACUAUACCAUUUACCAUUCAAACAACCACAAAACCUGAGGGAGAACCUAUAAUCAUCAGCACUACCCCUGACACAAGUUCAGUCCUCAUUUCCAAAGACGAAGAGAGCUCAGGUGACCAGAACCCUGAUAUUUUUACCAAAGACACUGCAACCACCACAGAGUCCUCUCUAUUCAGCACUGAGAAACCAGGACAAUUAGUAACUACAGCAUUCCAUGAAACUGCAACCUCUGAGACUUCAAAGAAUACAAUCAUCACAGCUUCUUCUCUGUUUAGCACUGAGAAACCUACCACAGCGUCACAGGAAACUGCAACAGCAGAGAGUGAAAAGACUGCCACAACUACAGCAACGUCUCUGUUCAUCACUGAGAAACCGGAACAAGGAGUGACUACAGCAUCCCUUGAAACUGCAACAGCUGAGACUUCAAAGAUUACAAUCAUUGCAGCUUCUUCCCUGUAUAGCGCUGAGAAACCUACAACGGCGUCACGGGGAACUGCAUCAGCAGAGAGUGAAAAGACAUCUGCGACUUCCCUCUUCAGCACUGAGAAACCAGGACAUGUAAUGACUUCAGCGUCACAGGAAACUGCAACAGCAGAAUGUAAAGUGAUUGCUACUGCUACUAGAGUUUCUUCUCUACGUAGCACAGGUACCAUUGCUCAUGUUGAGAGUACCAUCCCAGAGGAGAUCUCAGGAGUUCAGACUCCCGAUAUGUUUACUGCACAGUCAGAUGCAACACCUCUUCUUCCAGUGUAUAGUACAGUUGGAACAGAACAGUCAGAAGAACCAACAGGCUCAGAAAUGUCAUCAGCUGUUUUCGUCAUUGAUGAAACAGAGACAAUAGCCGUCCUCACUUCAGAAGAGGAUAUAAACUCAAGUGGUGCAACAACUGAGAUUCUCACCAAGGAAUCUGUUGCAACAACUGCAUUCCCAUCAGAGUCAGUUAGUGCGUACACUACAUCAAGACCAACAGUGACCUCAACAGAAGAAGACAGGUCUGGUGACCAGACCCCUGAUAUGUUUAGCAAGGUGCAAGCUACGAUAAUUGAGUUUGUCAGUAGUUAUCCCACUCCUCAUACAUCAACUGGACAGAUGACAGAACAAACCGGGGCCUCAACACAGGUUACUCACAACACCUCUACACCCAUAGACAUGGAGAGAUUUGGAAUCACAACUACAGAGGAUGACCAAGAGACAACUCAGCCAGAGGGUUCAGGUGAAGCGGUACCAAUGGAGACCUCCACUAAUCCACAGGACCAGUUCACUGUAGCCACAGAUGAGACAGAGAGUACAUCUGAUGAGCCAAGUGUUGCAUCCUCAACACGGUCUACACAGAUCAGCCAAGCAUCUAUGUCAACCCAAUAUCCUGUCUCCACUAGCACAGCUGAGACAAUACAAUCAGCCACUGCUUCAUUGUCUGAGCAGGGAAGUGGAGACUUCACAGAACCCUCUACUUCAGAAAGUGAGGGCAAAGAGGAUGAGAGUUCAGGUGAUGACACAUCUGCUYUUACAACAGCCCCACUGCAUACUACAUCAUCUUCAACAGACUCAACGGUUACAAAAUCAGUAAGCACAGAGGUAACUGAUGGAACCAAGGGGGUUGAACAGACAGAAGAACUAACAGGCACCGAGGGACAUUCAGCUGGCGCUGACUCACAUGUGGCGUCCUCAGUGGUCACAUUCACAGAUGAAGAGAGCUCAGGCGACCUGACACCUGAUAUGUUUAACAAGGAAUUUGCAACAUCACUAGGGUCAGAAGCUGUGAUGGCCAAAUCUUCCUCCCCAAUAAUCAGCAGUGACCCCUUCCAAAGCACAACUGUUGGAACAGUCAUCACACCCACAGAAGAAAUAGAUGAAACACCCUCAUACACUCCCGCUGCAGACAUUGAAACUCUGGAGCUAUCUGUGGACCAAACAACUGGACUAGCGAGCACAUCAAAACCCUUUGUCACUUCCUUCACUUAUGUAGACAUGGAGGUCUCUGAAAUCUCACCAACAGAUGAUGCCCAGGAGAAAAUCCAAGCAGAAGAGUCAGGUGAGGAGGCACAAGUGCAGAGCACCACUGAACCACAGGACCAGUUCACUGUUGCAACCAAUGAGACUGAAACCAGAGAGACUGAAAGCGCACCUGAAACACCUCGUGUUGAAUCUUCAACAGAGUUCACACGGUCCCAGAAGUCCACAUUAAUCCAAUCUCCUUCCAUGUCAAGCACAGAUAAUACAACAGAGGCUUCCACAGCCUCUUUCACAGAGCAGGGUAGUGGGGACUUGACAAUAGACUCUACAGCUGAGGCUGAAGGGACGGAGGAUGAGAGUUCAGGUGAAGACAUCUCUGAUGUGUCUACUCGGCAACCUGCAAGCACAACUUCUCCUCCCCUGUCGAGGACAGCAACAACAAAGCAGGAUUUUAACUCAUUUCCUUUCAGCAUUGAAACAAUCCAAGGAACAGAUGUUGAGCUUGAUGUAACUAUAUCAUCUGGCACAACUGCAAAGGUUACGUCUAGCAAAGCUCAGGCCCUGGAAAGUGAUGUGACAGAUAAACCAUCAGUUGCUUCCAUUUCAGAUGUAACGCUCACAGACAAAGCAAGCUCUGGUGACCAGACUCUGGAUAUGUUUACCAAAGAGUCUGUCACUGCAAAAACUUAUUCCGUAUACAGCACAGACAAAACAGAACAUGUCACAUCCAUGACUCGAGUUUCUUCUCUGUUCAGCACUGAGCAACCAGGAAAAGUAUUGACAAUAAAGUCACAUAAAAUUGCAAUAUAUGAUACUGCAAGGACUGCUACAACUUCUGUUUCUUCUCUAUACAGCACAGAUAAACCAUCAAUUGCUUCCAUUUCAGAUUUAACCUCCACAGAUGAAGAAAGCUCUGGUGACCAGACCCCUGACAUGUUUACCAAAGACUCUGUAACUACAGUUUCUUACCUGGAUAGCACUAAGAAACCUACCACCGCGUCACAGGAAACUGCAACAGCAGAGAGUGAAAAGACUACUACAACUACAGCAACUUCAAUGUUCAGCACUGACAAGCCAACACAAAUACUGACCACAGCAUCACAUGAAACAACAGCUGAGACUGCAGGAACUGCUCCAACUUCACCUUCUUCUCCGUGUAGCACUGACAAAACAUCAGUUGAUUCCAUUUCAGAUUUAACCUCCAAGGAUGAAGAGAGCUCUGGUGACCUUACCCUUGAUAUGUUCACGCAAGAGUCUGUCACUGCAACUGUUACUUCAUUGUACAGCACUGUCAAAGCAGAACAAGUGACAACCACAGCACUGCCAUUUGUAAUGACCACAGGAGAGAGCGAAGUUACAGAGAAAACAUCAGGCUCAGAACAACUUGUUACUACCGUCACUUUCACAUCAUCCACUUUGCCAGAUAUUGAUGAAGUGGUGGACUAUUUACCUUCACCUGUUCAAACUACCACAAAACCUGAGGGAGAAUCUACCAUAUUCAGAGUUUUCCCUAACACAGAGACAAGCUUAGUAGUCUCUUCUACAGAUGAAGAAAGCUCAGGUGAUCAGACCCAUGAUAUGUUGACCAAAGAGUCUGUCACUGCAACAUUGUCCUCUCUUGUCAGUACUGUCGUAACAGAACAAGGAAUGACCACACCAAUGUCAACAAUAAUGCAAGCUUCUCAGACUUCCAUAUCACCUCACUCUGACUACACCACUCCCAAGACAACGGGUGUCGAUGACAUAACAAAACGGAUGGCAUUCACAACCAACCAACAACCAUCAGCUGAGAGCGACACAUUCAGCGAGGCAACAGGCCAAACAGAAUCCAUUGUGUCAAGCACACCAGGCCCAGAUGAGGAAGGUCAUAUCAGCCCAGACACAGAAACCACCAUCUUUCCUGAGGCUACACAGCCCCCUGUUACUGUUACUCUGAGUGAUCGUACAACUAUGAGUGACCAUACAACACACCAAUUCCAUACAACCAAAAGAGACCAUACUACAAUGAGAGUCCAUACAACGAGUGAUCGUUUAACCACUGGAGACCACACUGUAGCAAGGGACCACACCACUGUCAGAGACCAUACAACAGUGCCUUUUGGUUCACAGUCACCCAUAUCCACUGCCAUCCCCUCUAUUAUCUAUCAGGGUGUUACUGACCAGCAGGUUAUGAUCAUCACCUCAACCAGCAGCCAAACCAAAACUGACCAGACCCCCACCAUGGUGCUGCAUGGUACAAAACCACCGACAAGCCCAGUUAUCAUAUUCACAGAAGAGGCCAAAGACGAGGACGAACUGUUCUCCACUGUUGUGGACAGCAUGACCACAACCGCUGAGAUUAUCACUAAAGAUGACACAAUGAUUGACGCUGAUACUGUGACAAUGGUGGACCCCUCCUCACAAUUCCACCCCACCGUCUUUGCAGAGGAAGCAGGGGGAGUCACAGCCCUUACCAUGACACCACACUCCUCAAUUGCAAUGACAGAGGAACCUGAAGGGUCUGGGACCGAUUACUACUUGUCUUCCACAAUUGACCCACCGAGUCUGGCUACAUCACAAAUCCCAUCAGUCACCUCGGUAAAUAUAUCUGCAGAGGCAAGUGCUGAGACGACAAGCAGCUCUACAAAAGUUGAAGAUUCAGAGACUGUAAUAACGACCACCACAUCAUCUAUAGAGUAUGUUGAGGCAUCUAGUUCAGAGGUCAUGUCCACUGUAGCUCAAACCACGCAAGCCACAACUGUUUUCACAGAGUCCAGCUCUCAGACGGCCUUCACCACACCAUAUAUAUUUGUUAAUGAGUUGUCCAGAGAUGGUGUCACUGAAGAGGAGUCCAAUACAGAGACUAAUCCUUCUGCCCCUGUAUCAUCCCAUGCAUCAACUCACCCCAUAGAUGCAAGCACACAGACCACAGUGAGCAGUGAGCAUGAUGAAUUCCUGACAGAUGAGAUGGAAUUAUCCACCACCCCUUCUCCUAAGACUAUUGAUUCUGCAGGAGGAGGCCCAUCUGAUGAGGAUUCUGAAGUGGAGAACACAACAACUUUAUCUAGUUCCAUGCAAGCCACCGUGGUGUCUACACGUGCUACACAACAGACAUCAGUGUCGAAUGAGGAAGACAGAGAGACUGUGAAAUCAACCAGUCCACUCCCUGUUGAUGGGUUUUCAGGGGAUGACGACUCUGAAGGCUCUGGAACCUCCGCCUCUGUAGUUGAGACCUCCCAAACCACAACUCCCACCAAAGACACGAGCUCAACAGCUACUAAGAAGGGUGAAGUGACAGAGGUUACAACUCCAGUACCUUCAUUCUCAGAGGAGGGCAUCUCUGGGGAGGAAAUGACAACUUGGACACCCAAACCCUCUGAAACCACAUCCUCUCCGUAUAGCACAGAUAAAUCAUCAGUAGCUUCCAUUUCCGAUUUAACCUCUACAGAUGAAGAAAGCUCUGGUGACCAGAUCCCUGAUAUGUUUACCAAAGACUCUGUAACUACAGCUUCUUACCUGGAUAGCACUAAGAAACCUACCACAGCGUCACAGGAAACUGCAACAGCAGAGAGUGAAAAGACUGCUACAGCUACAGUUUCUUCUCUGUUUAGCACUGAGGAAGCCUUACAAGUAACAACAAUGUCACGUGAAACUGUAACAGAUGAGACUGCAAGGACUGCUACAACUUCAGCUUCUUCUCUAUAUAGCACAGAGAAACCAUCAGGGGUGUCCGUUUCAGAAAUAACCUCCAUGCAUGAAGAGAGCACUGAUGAUCUGAACCCUGAAAUGUUUUCCAAAGAGUCUGUUACUGUAAGGGAACAAAUUACAGCCACAACUACAGUUUCUUCUCUGUUUAGCACUGAGACACCAGGACAAGUAAUAACAUCAUCAAAUGAAACUGUGACAGAUGAGACUGCAAGGACUGCUAUAACUUCAGCUUCUUCUCUCUACAGCACUGAGAAACCUUCAGUUGCUUCCAUUUCGGAUAUAACCUCCGCAGACGAAGAGAGCUCAGGUGAGCUGACCUCGAAUAUGUUUGCCAAAGAGUCUGCAACUACCACAGUUUCUCCAUUUGACAGUACUGUGAAAAUGGAGCUGGUAACAGCCACAACAAUGUCACCUGAAAAAGCAAUAGCAGAGAGUGAAAAGACUACAUCUACUACAGUGUUGUCUCCGUUUAGCACUGAGAACACAGAGAAAGCUUACUCCCAGCUGAGUUUGUCUGUCCAUUCCACUGUUGAGCCAUCUGUAAUGCCUGAUGUGGUGGUCCAGUUUGUCACAACCUUUGUGCCCGAGGUGGACAUGACAAAGCCUGGGAAAUCUUUCCAUCAGGCCAGGUCUGAGAUUGCAUUUACCCAACAUCCUCUCACUUACGUCUCAACUGAAAAAACUGCAGAGGCCACCACGAGUCCCAUGUUGCUUGAGCUAGAUUCAAGGGACUCCAUUGACACUGUAACCACACCUGCACAGGGCUCAGAAUCACCUUUUGUUGCCACGGCUUCUACAGCAAUACCGUUUAAAUCAGAAGUUGAAUCUUCAAGCCAGGGACUUACAACAGAGAGAGUUUCUACUGAUACAGAGGUCAGCUCAGAACAAGAUAGUGAGGUCAACAGGACUUGCAUUCCCACCAGUAUCUCUAUAAAGGAGGAAGCGACCGGGUAUAUUGUUACUCUAGUCACGAACAAUGCCACUGCGGUGUACAGUACACCUGCUUCCGCUGCGGUAUCAUCUGCUUUGCCAGACAUUGAGGAAGAGGCGGACUAUGAAAAUAUUCCAGAUCUCUCACAGGUUGAAUCUGAACCUGCUCUUCAAACAACCACAAAACCAGAGGGAGAACCUACAGCUGUCAGCACUGCCCCUGACACAAGUUCAGUCCUCACCUCCGUCGAUGAAGAGACCUCAGGUGAUCAGACACCUGCAAUGUUUACCAAAGAGUAUGUAACUACAACAACCACAGUUUUUUCUCUGUUUAGCACAGAGAAACUCACAACGUUAUUACAGGAAUCGGUAACAACAGAGACUGAAGGCACAGACCAAACCGAGGGACCAGCAGUUACUCCUGUUAUUGAUGAGGCAGAGGCGAGCCCAGUCCUACAUGUAAUGACAACAACAAAAUCACCAGAAGCGAGUGCUGCUAUUGAUCAUACCGAAAAACCAUCCGACUCUGAGGAGUUUUUUACUCCAAGUGUUGAUGACACAGAAACAGGAUCAACAGAUGAAGAUAGUUCUGUAGACGAGACGACUCCAAUGACCACCCAGGAGUCUCUUGAAACAGAAGCUCAUGUGCACAGUAGCACAGCCAAGCCAUUGCAGACAUCCACAUCACCAGUCUCUGAAUAUGCAAGUGCCCUCACCUCUGCUAAAAUAACUGGUGAUGGUGAAGAAACAGAACAGCCAUCAGACUUUCCCAGUUCAAUGAAAAGCACUGUGAAAUCAGUCCUACCUGAUACAGAUGAGGAGAGUUCAGGUGACCAGACUCCUGAUAUGUUUACCAAAGAGUCUGUCACAACGUUAGCUUCAUCUCUGUAUAGCACUGGGAAACCUACUAUAUCUUCACAUGCAACUGUAACAGCAGAGACUGAAGUCACAGAAGAAACAGAGAGGCCAUCAGGCUCAAAACAGCCAUCGUCUACUCCUGUUAUUGAUGAGACGGAGACAAGCCCAGUUCUCUCCUCUACAGACAAAACUAGUUCAGGUGAUCAAACCCCUGAUAUGUCUACCAAAGAGUCUGCCACUGAACAAGUAACAACCACAGAAAUGCCACACUUAAUGACCACAAGAGCAGAUAGUGAAAAUAUGGCAUCUACAAAAGUGUCUUCUCUGUACAGCACAGAGAAACCCGACUCAAUGAGUGACCUCGCCUCUGCUGAAAUAACUGCUGAUAGUGAAGAAACAAAACAGACGGAAUCAACAAGCAUAGAACAGCCAUCGGGUGUUUCCAGUUCAAUGGAAAGCACUGGGAGCUCAGUCCUACUUGAUACAGAUGAGGAGAGCUCAGGUGACCAGACUCCUCAUAGGUUUACCAAAGACUCACCAACUACUACAGUUUCUUCUCUGUAUAGCACUGAGAAAGCUACAGUAUCUUCACAGGAAACUGUAACAGCAGAGAGUGAAGUCACUGAGCAAACAGAGAGACCAGCAGGCUCUGACAAACCAUCAGUUAUUGAUGAUACUGAAACCAGCUCCGUCUUACCUUUUACAGAUGACAAGAGCUCAGGGGACCAGACAAGUGAGGGUUUCACCGCAGAUGGUUUUGCAACAGAAGCCCCUCUCCUGGCUAGUACAGCCCCUCCAAUUGUCUCUGUCCAUUCCACUAAGGUGACAACGGAGGCCAAUGUGAUGAUCCAGUUUGUCACAACAUUUUCCCACAAACCAGACCUGACAACACCUGAGGCUUUGCUCCAAGAGGCCCUGUCUGAGAUUCCAUUUACCCAUCGUUCCCAACCUGACAUAUUUUCCGAGGAAACGGCAAUGCCCACAACCAGACCCAUGCUGCCUCAGGAAGAUUCAAGCCAGUCUGUUGACACUAUAACAACACCCUCACAGAGCUCCGAAUCAAAUUUAGUCCCCACUGCCUCUCCAGUGAAGACUGAUGCUGUACUAUCUACAUCAGAGGAAGAGGAACAAGUUGAAGCUUCAAGCCAGGUACCUACAACAGAGGAUGCUUCUCCUAGUGCAGAGGGCAGCUCCGAACAAGAGGCUGAGGUCGAAGAAACAGCCAUUUCUGCCAUUGGCUCUCCUCUAACUGAGAAAGUGUUAGAAACUAAAGUGUAUAGAACACCAACGACAGACAUUGAUGAAGAGGUGGACUAUGAAAUUAUAACAGAGCCCGUAGAGGUUGAGUCUAAACCUUCCCUCAUUGAAACCACCACAACACCUGAGGUAGAAGCAACCGCGCUCAGCACUGUCCCAACAAAGACAACGAAGAUUGAGAGUGCAUCAUCAAGCUCAGAGAGUAGUUCAUCGAGCAGCUCAGAGGAAGAGUCAAACCCAUCUGUGACUCAGUCAGUAUUGGCCUCCAGCUCAGAAAGCAGCUCAGGAAGCAGCUUGGAGAAAAAGGUGACCAAAGUUUCCGCUGUGAAGCCAGAGAGUGACACAACAGAGGAGACCACCCCAUCCCUCUCUGUUACUCAGACAGAACUUGCAACCGCCAUCACUGGUUCACCCUCUCUCGCGCAUCCUAGGGCUGAAAUUGAGUCGGCGGGUUCUGAGAGCAGUCCCGGAGGAAAGACGGCUUCUGACGUUGUUACUCCUGCCACUAAGAUGCCAAUGUGGGAAAUGCCAGAGUACACAACUGUAUCGCCAGCUGAAACACCGAGCCGGACAGAAUCCGUCUCUAUGAUCCGAAGCACUCCUUCAUCUGUGUCUGAGGAGGAGGAAAGUGUGGACUAUGAUAAUGUAUCAGGACCUACAUUAGUCGAGGGUGAACCCCCCAUCAAGGUAGUGGAAACUAUCACUUCAGCUGAGACUGGAAUGGAUUUGGGCCACUUGACUGUUGGUGAGACAGUUGAGAUUGCAGGCAUCCACUCCUGCGCUGAGAACAUGUGUCUGAAUGGGGGCUCUUGCUACAGAAGCGGAAGUUUCCAAUCUUGCAGCUGUGCCCCUGGCUACAGUGGAGAUCGUUGUGAGACAGACAUUGAUGAAUGUCAAUCCAACCUCUGUCGCAAUGGAGGUACCUGCAUUGACGGCCUGAAUUCCUUCACCUGUGUUUGCCUCCCAAGCUAUGCUGGAUUGUAUUGUGAUGAAGACACUCAGACAUGUGACUACGGCUGGCAUAAGUUUCAGGGACACUGCUACAAGUACACCCCCCAGAGGAGGAACUGGGACACAGCGGAGAAGGAGUGUCGGGUACAGGGGGCACACCUCACCAGCAUUCUCUCCCAUGACGAGCAGCAGUUUGUCAACCGUCUUGGACAGGACUACCAAUGGAUCGGCCUGAACGAUAAGAUGUACGAUAAUGACUUCCGCUGGACCGACAGCAUGCCCAUGCAAUAUGAAAACUGGCGCCCCAACCAGCCGGACAGUUUCUUCUCAUCUGGAGAGGACUGUGUGGUGAUGAUCUGGCACGAGGACGGCCAGUGGAACGAUGUGCCCUGUAAUUAUCACCUCACCUUCACCUGCAAGAAAGGCACAGUGGCCUGUAAUCAGCCCCCGCUGGUACAGAAUGCUCAGACCUUCGGCAGGAAGAUGCCACGCUAUGAGAUCAAUGCUCUGGUGAGGUACCAGUGUAAGGACGGCUUCAUCCAGAGGCAUGUGCCAACCAUCCGUUGCCGUGGAGAUGGCCGAUGGGACAUGCCCAAAAUUGCUUGCAUGAGUCCAUCAAACUCCCAAAGGGCAUUCUCAAGUAGGCACCAGAGCUACCGCCUGUUCAGCAGUAACAACUCCAAGUGGCGGUCCGACGAGGCGGAGGCCCCACACCGUCCUCACCAUCGAGGAAGGAGAUUGAGGAGAUCGGUGAACAGGCGAAACAGAAGACAGUGAUCGCCACGGUUACGCCUGCUCACAAUCUGCAGAACCUACACAAUAGGAAUGCAUGACUGUCACUCAUGUGGAGAUGUUUUUUUUUUUUUUUACAAAUGAAAAAAGCAAAAAUACUUUUUAACAAAAAAGGAACAAAAAAAACAAACCCAAAGGAAAUGUGACAUUUUCUUACCAUUUUGAUGAUGGAAUCUUGGAAUGAAGUGCCUUUUCAAAGAAUAUUCUGAUAAAGGGACACUAAUUUAUAACAACGCCAAAGUGGAUACCUUCCGCUGGCUACUGGAACAUAAAGAAAAAUAACCUCUCAUGAGUGUGCUGGGGAAGAACUUUGAACCAAAUAGUGCAUUCAUUAGACAGUUCUCUAUUUUACACAGACUGAAGAUUGUUCAACUCUUAUAUGGUGAAAAAGAUACAGGCAAAUGCCAGCUUUUGUGAAAUUAUUGCUCUUGUGUUAUGCAAAUGAAUACAAAACAUUUUCAAAUA